GCGCGCGGCGCGGGAGGCCGCCCCACUGCGGAACGCGGCGGGUGCCCCGGGCCGGGAGCGCGCCGGCCGCGCUGGGGUGGCCGCGGACAUGUGCAAGAUGUCGUUCAAGAAGGAAACUCCACUUGCCAAUGCUGCAUUCUGGGCAGCAAGGAGAGGAAACCUGGCUCUGCUCAGGCUGUUGUUGAACAGCGGUCGGGUGGAUGUGGACUGCAGGGACAGUCAUGGCACCACGCUUCUCAUGGUCGCUUCCUAUGCCGGUCACAUAGACUGUGUGAGGGAACUGGUUCUGCAAGGAGCAGACAUCAAUCUCCAGAGAGAGUCAGGUCCAACUGCCCUGUUCUUUGCUGCCCAGCAAGGACAUAAUGACGUCGUCAGAUUUCUCUUUGAAUUUGGAGCAUCCACUGAAUUUAGGACCAAAGAUGGGGGCACAGCCCUCUUGGCUGCCAGUCAGUAUGGGCAUAUGCAGGUGGUGGAGACCCUUCUGAAACAUGGAGCCAAUAUCCACGACCAGCUUUAUGAUGGAGCCACUGCACUCUUCCUAGCUGCCCAAGGUGGUUAUUUGGAUGUUAUUCGAUUAUUGUUGUCUUCAGGAGCAAAAGUCAACCAGCCAAGGCAGGACGGGACGGCGCCACUGUGGAUUGCGUCGCAGAUGGGCCACAGCGAGGUGGUGAGGGUGAUGCUGCUGCGCGGAGCGGAUCGGGACGCAGCCCGCAACGAUGGUACAACAGCUUUACUAAAAGCAGCCAACAAAGGGUAUAAUGAUGUUAUAGAGGAGUUGCUGAAGUUCUCACCCACCCUUGGCAUUUUGAAGAAUGGGACAUCGGCCCUCCACGCAGCAGUGCUCAGUGGGAAUAUUAAAACAGUCGCGCUGCUCCUGGAAGCAGGGGCGGACCCAGCCCUGAGAAACAAGCAGUCAAGUGCAGAACCUGGCAAAAGAGAGCAGCCAAGAAAAGGUUUUAAGAGAACACUAAAAUACCAACUUUUGAAGGAGGAAGUGCUCAUCAAUAAAGAAAGGCCAAUGAACUUCCAGCAGAACUAACCAAAAAUGAACGGAUCCUACGUCUCCUCCGAAGUAAAGAAGGACCCAGAGAGAGCUAACUUAGUUCCAUAUUCCGCUGAAAGAUAGAAACCCUAACCACAUUGUCCAAAAAGAAAUUGCUUUACAAAUAGUGUUGGAAAUUCCUUUAAGAAAGGAAAUGCUCAGAACGCCCACCCUGAGUCCCUGACCAGGGAGGAGCUGGGCUACAUGGCCCGAGGCAAGAACAGAAAGGCUCUGGGACCCCUUGCCCUCACUACCCUGAGUUUCUUACGCUGGCCUGUGGUUUCUUACGCUAGCCUGUGACUCCACUGCUAUGGGGCCUUGGCAGGUUGUGGAGUCCACAGAAACUCAUCUUAAACUCCACUAAGUUGGGUCUCUCAGUUAAACUCUAAGAGUUAACCCCUCGAAGAGGUUAAAGCAAGAUGACAAAAGCCUUUAAAAGACUGAAAGGCUGCUCUUCAGUGAAUCAAAGCACUUCUGCUUUUGCAUUACAUGUCAGUGUGCUAAGAGAUAUAGCUCCCUCAUAUUUUACAUGUAGAUGUAUGUCAUCCUAGCAUAAGGUGUUUUCUUCUACCCAGAGAUCGUAAGCGUGUUUAUUCUGAAUUGAUGCAUAAAUUGACAUUAGAGAGAUACUUCUGACAUUCCACCAUGUUAUUUUUUCAAAGAUAGACUGUUGAAGUAUAAAAAAGACAAAUUGUUUAUUUGCGAGGUAAUCCUCAUCUUAUUCUGAACAGGUAAAAAAAAAAGAAAAAUCAUUUUUACCUAGAAUCAAUAUUGUAGGUCUGAUAGGAUACGAGUGGCAAAUUUGGAAACUCAGAAAAUUACAAACCACAAGAAACUUAGGCUUGUCUCUUGAAACUUUUAUUUUGGUUCUAUUGUUGGGAAUCUGCUUCCCAUGCCAUAACUAAAUAGACAUAAUAGUCUGUGCAGCCCUGAGCUUCCAGCACCAGUUGCUGUCAUAGUGAUUUUGAGGUCCUUGGGUGAAAUGUGACAUCUGCAAGUACAAUAUGUUGCUAUUCUAUUGCAGGAGUAUAAAUAAUAAAGACUGUUAUUCGUAUUUAACAAGUGUUCAUCUAUGCAUGUUCUUGAGCUGACUGACUCCAAGAAAGAAACCUGAGUUUUAUUGAAUUAUUCCUUGGAGGGGAGUCAAAAUUUAUGUUCAAUGCACUUUAUACUCAAUGGUGUCUAAAUGCCUCAGUCAGUGCCUAAUUGCACACACAAAAAUUAGACGAUCUUUCUAAUUUACCAUAAUAAAUGCUGAUGGCAUUUCUGUUAUUUAAAUACAUCUUUGGUUUUCUUUUCAUGUUUUGUUCUGUUUUCCAGCUAAUGUUCUAUGUAAAGACAUGUUAAGAUGGAAGGAAAUGCAAUCCCCAAAGUUUUUUUCUAACCAACUUGCAGUAGUGCUAGAAGCAGUAUCUUGAAGUCAAUAAAUGAUGGAAUAUAAUUUUUGAAAUUAGAAGAUAUUCUCUUAAAGUUUUUUAUGAUCAAUAAAAUAAUCAACAAAAAUCAGCUUAUUUUAAUCAAUAUCACAAACCAAGAGAGUAAUGAGCAACCCACAGAGCUGCCAGAGAUGUCUACAGCCUGACUAGCUAUGCAACAAGUCUGCAGUCUCAUUUCAGGAUAAAAUUUAGAAAGCUCUGGGGCACCUGGGUGGCUCAGGUCAUGAUCUUGGGGUCCUGGGAUCAAGUCCCACAUUACAUCGGACUCUGCUCAGCAGAGAAUCUGCUUCUCCCUCACUCUUCCUCUCUCUCCUCUCGCUCCAAUAAUUUUUUUAAAACUUAGAAAGUUCUGUCUAUAUCACUAAAACCCCUGGAUAUAAACUUUUAGUAGCUAAAAGGCAGUGCUGGUUUCCUCACUGACUUUCUUUUACUUAGCAAAGUAGUACAAAUACACUUUCCCCCAUGGAAAUUUCAUAAAGCUGUGUUCAUUUUGAAGAGGAAAGUAGUGUGGCCUUAAAUGCUUUGUGUUUUCCCCCCUUUGUUAGCCCUUAGGCCAAAACUGAAUGUUCAUCACUGAUAUAAAUCAAAACAAUAUUAUGGACACUGAUAACAGAGUUCCAAAACAUAAAAUGGGAUGAAAUCACAAACAUAAUGUUUUCCGUAAGAUAUGUUGGCCUUGGCCUGUUGUUUUAAGUAGUUAAUGUUCUUGAUCAAUAUUAGGGCCAUAAAAAUGAAUCCAGUAGCUUUAACAAUAAAAAAUAUAGGCUUCCCUGCUAUAGGUAAGUGGUCUUUAGCUUAGAACGAUCACAUUUGAUCUAGAUGAGCUUAUGACAUUAUCCAUAGUAGGAAAGAUGAAUAUGUUAACCACUCACCAAAGAAUGAACAAAAAGUCUGUUAUUUGAAAUAAAAUUGCAUUUGUUUUGCACACAGGUGGAUGGUUUUUAUUUUUUUAUGAUACUUAUUUUAUGUUAAUCUAAUUCAAAUUCAGUGAGCUCUGCAUCCUAAGACAGAACUAGCAAUUCCUAUGCAAAUCAUUUGUUAAUUGAACUAUAAAAGUUUUCAUUAUAUCCAUUUGUUUGAUGAUAUAUUCCAUGUUAUAAUUCAAAAUAAAGUUAAUGUACUACCCA